AUGUCUUCUCCAUCAGAAAGACUUCCGCGCACCUCCCCAGAAGAGGUCGUGUCUCGCGAGGACUUUGCCUUGUUACAGAGCUUCCUACGAGUAGCACGCUUUUUGCAAGCGCAACCCAUCAAUUCAGAUCCCGCCUUAGCCCAGCACAUUGGCCACCGUGAGACAUCAAGCAAGGGAGACUCCGGCCAUAGUCAUUUGACGAACACACCGCCUAGCAUUGGGCAGACAGCUAGAUUGGACAAUGAUUAUGAUAACGACAACGACGACGAUGAUGACGAAGACGAUGAGGAGGAUGAUGAUGAUGAUGAGUACGACGAAGAAGUUGAUAGGCCCAGAAGAAUCGAUACCCGAUCUGCUCAGCGCGAGCGAUCCAACAGCCAACAAAAGACAACUAGGGCGUCGACUCAGCGUCGGCGCCAACAACAGGUACAGCAACAACAACAACAACAACAACAACAACAACAACAACAAAAACAACAGGAACAGGAACAAAGGCAGCUUCAACAACAGCCACAGCGUCCUCUACCGCCGCGGCGGCAGCGGCCCCAUGCUGCUGUCGAGAAGCGAUAUCGAUCCGUCCUGAACAGCAAGAUCCAGCAGCUCUCUGCCUCUAUCCCCUCAUCAAACGCCUUCAGCCUGACUGACCCUACAAGUGCAACACCCGUGAAUCCAGCAUCUGAGGAGGCGACGAAGCUGCCCACAAAGUCAGUCGUCCUCGACAGAGCUAUACAAUACAUCAAUCACCUCGUGUCCACGUACGAACAAUACGAGGCGGAUCAAAGCAACCUGCGGGGGAGAUUACAGCUCUGGCUCGACAAUAAUUCGCCGCCGGCCGUGGCAGAUAGCAUUAAGCUGUAA